AUGUCCAAGAAAAUGACUGGCAAGGAGAUCAGAUACUGGAUGCCCUCGGGGCCUCGUACAGAUGAAGAUUUCAUGGCCGGUGAUGAUGCGAAAAUCUUCGUCAUUGGCUGCGAAAUCCUCGCUCAUCUGGCUUUGACUUUUGACUGGGUUCAAGUCAUCGAUUUGGACACCAUCGGCAUCGAUAACUCAAAUCACGUUGGCAAAUCUAAGGCUAUAGUGGCGGCAGAGUUCAUCAUGAAUCGCGUACCAGGAGUUUUGGUCGCACCGACGAGAAUGAGGCUAUUAUCACCAAUUGAACCUACCUAUCUGGACUCUCUUGAGGCUCGACGCUGGAUCAAUGCUACUCUAGUCAAUCUCGUCGAUCCCGAAAAUCCUGAAAGUUUAAAGCCCCUUAUUGAUGGAAGAAGCCGAUCCAAGCUUGCAGGAUAUAAGGGCCAAGCCCGUGUCAUUCUUCCAACUAUCACGUCCUGUUAUGAAUGCUCUCUUGACAUGCUGAACAACCCGACCGCUUUCCCCAUCUGCACAAUCGCUAAUAUGCCACGACUACCUGAACAUUGCAUUGAAUGGGCUUUAGUCCUGCAAUGGCCUCGAGUGCAUGGAGACAAGAAGAUGGACACCGACAAUCCCGACGACAUUAGCUGGCUAUAUGCUGUUGCAUCGGUGCAAGCAAAGGAAUUUAAGAUCGAGGGUGUUACUUGGUCACUGACCCAGGGUGUCGUAAAAAACAUCAUUCCCGCUAUUGCUUCAACGAAUGCUAUCAUUGCUAGUACGCUUCUGUCGCUUUUCCUCUAA